GUACUAGUCAACCUUUUUCAAACAGCUUUUAAAAGAUUUAGCCUUAAGAGAUUAAGUAUUUAUUUUUUAUAACUCAAUUUUGAUCAUUGCCAUUUAUAGAGCAAACAUGUAAGUUGUUCAAUAAUGCAUGUUCUUUGAAGACAUUACAGGGGGAAAACUACAUUGAUAUCAAUUUUUUGAUUCUUUUGAUCCUAAUUGUAGUUGUGAACUCUUAUUACCAUUACCAUGUGUAAACUGAAUAAGUGUUAUAUAUUAUGGUGUAACAUGCCAGUAAAUGGUUCAUGGGCUUCUAGUUUUAGAGAGCUCUGUGUGAAGUAAUUACAAUGGAGGAACCUUUAUAAAUUCAAUCGUCAUAUUCCUUGUAAUGACUUGUUGAUUUGAUUAAUAUGCCAGAAAGAUACAAUGGGAGCUUGUUCCGCACCUGAUUUACCAAAAAUGAGUUAAAAACCAUUCAGUAUUCAUUGUGAACUCAACUUAAUUAUUAGUAUUUCAAAGUUUUUUCUUAAAUUGUAAGAUUGCUUAAAGUUCAUAUCACUCUUAAGACAUCAUGUCAAGUCUUUUAGAUUAAAAUGGGAGAACAUCCGAUUGCAUUUUAUGUGUAGCAUAAACGUAAUGCAAUGACGAUGCAAUGACACAUUGCUGCCUAUAUAGGUUAAAAUUGUCUUCAGUUCAGGCUGCAAUGGUAAGAUAUGCCAAGAAUCCAUCUCUGUCUAUUGAGACCAUAGCCUUAAAAUGUAAUUGAUACCAAUGUUAAGAAUGAAAGCACUUUUGUCAAUCAUUUUAUAAAGGCAUAGAGAAACCAGAUUUCCAAAAGUUAUCAACAGUGUGUAAGGGUCUUCAAUAAAGAGGACAUUUCUCAUGAUAUUUUAAUUUUCAAAUAUGCAAUGUAGAGAAGAGGUAAUGAACAUAUUGCAGCUUUCUUAUUUUACCUUUAAAAAAGUUCAAUGGAAGUUGGUUAAUUGAUUUUAAGAAAUUAAUUUCUUUUCUAUCUGAUGUUUUAUUGUCAAGGGAUGUUAUUUCUUAAAAUAAACACCAAAUAAUAUACAUGGUUUCUUUGCAUGUUCACAUAGUCAAAUGUUGUCACUCCAGUCUUACAUUUGGAAGGUAGUAAUACACUAAAUAUUUAGCUAAAAUGUUUGGGGAAAUAUCUUGACAGAAACAAUUAUAUUUUUUUUUCAAAGGCAGUUUGACUACUUAUUACACCUGUAUCAAUUUAUGUCACAAUGGUAAUGAAUUUUUCAUGGUAAUUUAUAAUGUCAACUAAAAUAUUUUAAGCCUCGGGUAUGUAGGUUGGUUUUGGAAAUAGAAAACGAAUUUGCAUAUAACACUUUAUGAUUUGUAAUGUACAAUUUAAUGUUUGGUAAGAUUUACACCAAAGAUGAAGUGCUGAUAACACUACAUUUACACAUUAUAUAUAAAUUCUAUUUUGGGGUAAAAUUUACCAAAAAGUUAUCAAAAGAUUGUACAUAAUAUUUAUCAAAACAUUUUUCAUAAUUUUUGUAAAACAUUUUACAGGAAUUGGGUUUAAUUUUACAUCAUGAUUUACAUAAUAUUUGUGAAAUGUCUCCUCUCUCAGUUUCUCAACAGAGUGGACAAUGUUUCACGUCCGAGACAUGGAUGCCAUGAACUGAAGAGGAAAGCUGACAAUGCUGCUGAAGCUGACAGUGCUGGCUCAACAAACCAAAAGCGAGAUUCGUAUGGAUGUCUUAAUUGGCAACCACUAUCGCUACCAGAGGGGGAGACCGAGGAGUCACAAAUGACAAUCAAAGAGGAACUAAAGGAGCUUCAUAAAUCAGAACCUCAUGUCGAUAGAAGAGAAGUUGAAUAAAAAAAGGCAAAUACCUAUGCCUCGCAACGUAUUUCUUUGAACAAACCUGAUUGUGCACUGCUGGAUGUUGUUGAAGAAUGGCCGUAUCUGUUCGAUGAGACGAUUCUCCUUCUGCACUUCAAACAACUUGUAGGUAUGGAUGCGAAAGAAAAAAUCACAGAAGGGUUGGAAAAGAAAUCUGCCAAGAUGUAUCGCUUCUUCAGACAAUCUAGGUCCUUUGGGAACGUGCAAGAUAAGCGCAUUCAUCAAGUACUGAAUUCAGUGGAUGAAGCUGUCCUGAUGAUGAGAUGUGAAUCCUCGAAAGUCAUGGGGUUGGUCUACCUGGUGUCAGCAUACGUAGGCGAAGAAGUACAACACUACAUCUACCAACAGGAUUUGGGGCAACCACAGCAAACAAAGAACCAGCUGCCUGGACAUCCAUGCUUGAUUUCCAAAGGAGAUCCACUGGAGAGCACAAGGUUUUCACUUGCUGUCGGGGGCAUAGUGACAACACAUGUAGAGAACCCCAUCAGCGCUCUUGCAGUUUGGUUUGCUGCCUUCUAUGUAUUCAACUUGCAGUAUCCUAAAGAAGCGUAUGGGGUACCAGAGUUUAUUCAGAGGUGCUUCCUGGGCAUCAACCCACAAACAGGAUCAAAGGGAGGAAAGAGGAAGAUGCAUCCAGGAGUACUGAAAUUAGCAAAUCGUCUUGUGUCCUUUGAAAACGAGUGGGCACUUAACGAAUAAUAGCACAACCCAUCUUGAACCCCCCCCCCCCGGACUUCAGUGGCAGUACGAUUGAAGCAUCCGUCCUCUUUCGUCGUAAUGUAAGAUCCACGGGUACAAAUGCAGAAUGAAACUUUCAUUUUCGUCUGUAUCCUAUUUGCAUGUAUGUACAGUUAAUGGUAAUGUCACCCAGUGAAAGGAUCAAUCCGGACCAAUUAUAAGUUGAUGAUCCAGAACUUACUCAGCAGGCAUAUUCAAAUUACAGUGUUUGUUUUUUUGCAGUAGCAAUAAGAGUUUAUGUACUGUUGCUGAAGAAAAAAGGAAACGCACCUUGCAGAAAAAAACUAUCCAACAGGAUUAUUCACAACGGUUGUUCUUGAAUUAUGGUAUUAAAAACAAGUGGACUUGGUAAACAUGCAUACAUUGCUUUACAAUUUGCAUUUUUUACAUAAAAAAUAAGAAUAUCUGAUAACAUGAUUGCUUGUUUGUUUAACGAAUCAGUGAAGGAAAGAGGAUAACGUAAUAUAUAUAAUUUUUAAAUUAAUCAGCAAAAUAAUGAUUAGGGUAAUACAGCCCAUUAGUCCUAUACAGCACAGUGGACAUACAGACUGAGUUGAGAUUGCUCGAUAUUACUUUUUCUUGUGCAUGUAAGUCUCCUUUCAAGCUACUUCCAAGUUCUCUUUUUUAUUGCAAUGUUAUCGUAGUCUCCAUUCAAAGCUGUAGGAUCAAUAAGCUGUCUCUGAUUAGAAUUUGUUUUUUACUAUAGUAUUUAAACAAACUGGACUCUGUACUGUUAUUAUACACAUGCGAUUUGUAUGUGUGCAUGAUAAGAAUCUCAUGAUUAAAAAAAUUGACUAAAUAUAUACAUGCAUACAUUGGUUUACAAUUUGAAUGUUUGCAUCAUAAUUAUGCCUGAUAUCAUGAUUGUUUGUUUACCAAAUCAGCAAAAUUAAGAUUAGAUUUACAGCCCUCUAAUUCUACAGCCUAGUGGUGAUAAAGUUGAUUGUUUUGUUUGAUAUUACAAUUUGUUGUGCGUGUUAGCCUCUUUUCAAGCUAUUUCAAAAUGUUAAUGCAAUGUUAUGGUAGUCUCCAUCCAAAGCUGUACGAUCAAUAAGUUAUCUGUAACAUUGUGUUUGUACUGUAGUAUGAAAACAAACAUGACUCAGUCAUGUUAUUACACACAUGCAAUUAGUAAUUGCAUCAUAAGAAUAUGUUAUCUCAUGUUUGUUUACCAAAUCAGCUUGUAAAAGAGAAAAAAAACAUACUCUUUUGUUUGGGAUUACUCAUAAGAAAGCUGAUUCUUAGUUCUUGUACUGUAGCAUUAAAACUGAAUGGAAUCUGGCCUGCUAUAAUGUUAUGUAUAUGUUUUCAUUAUAAGAAAAUCUCAAUUUCAUGUUUAUUUGCCACAUCAAUGUGGAGAAGAGAAAAACUUCAAUUUUUGUUUGGGAUAACUGAUUACCUCUCAGCAAGAUGAUAUCUUCUGUUUAGAACCAGAAGGGCGUUAACUCAUAUACUUUAACACAGAGUCAACGCCCUUCUGGCUCCAAACAGAUGAUAUUUUAUCUUUCUGCAUAUGCAGUUUGCAUAAUGAUUGAAGUCGAUGAUUAGGAGCAGGAAUUUCCUAUAAAGAAACAACCUUUUUUUAUUGGUUCCAUUUUUUUCUUAUAUUAAUGUUUAAAAACGUUUCAGUUGUGUUGUGUUUGAGAAUUCAAGUGUUUACAGUCCUUUCUCUGCCAUAUCCAUGCUGGACGUCAUUGUUGCAAAUUACUUAUUCUAUGCUCUAAAUCAUUAUUUUAAAUUUUGUAUGUGACUACAUGAUUUUUAUAUUGUGAUGGUUUCUUCCUUCAGGAUGUUUCCUUUUUUAAUUAUCAAAAAUGAUUAGGCAGAGGACAGAAAGGAAGAAAAAAAAAAUCAUCUGACACUAAGAGAUCAGUUUAUUAUGCAGGGCAGAUGUCAGAUAAGUCACUUAUUUCAGCCUCAAUUAUUAUUUUGUUUUAGCUUUAUUUAUGAAACUGCUGGUCAGAUUGAGCCAACCUUGCUUGCCUGUAAUGUCUUGUUUCAUCUUUUCAUGAUAACUUUGUUCUCUUUUUAAUGUUUUCAUCAUAAAAAGCAAUUUGAAGAAAAUAUUCCAAUAUAUCUUUUUUCGUUUGAUGAAUAGUUUAAAUUAUAUUGUGAAACCUCAUUAUGAUGAACACUUAGUGCUUUUUGAUAUCACCUUAUCACUUUCAAUAUCUUGUUAUAUCAGAAGUACAAAAAAAGUGAAGAAGAAGAGUUUAGACCACAAAGAUCAUCUUUUUGUAUCAGGUACGUCAUUACAGAGCUCAUUAUUUCGAGGUUCCACCUUUUAUUUUUUUUCUAGGAUGUAUGAUAUACUACAUGUAGUAUGAAAAUGUCAGUGACCCCUUGUGAAUAUCAAUAAUUGAUAUUGUUCAUGUGUACAACAGUUCAACUCUUCUUGAUUUUCAGUGUACUCUUUGAACAAAUCAUACAUUACUCCAGUUACAUCACCCUCCUGUAUGAGAUUACAACAAUAUUUUAUUUGCCGUUUAAUUUACAGGACAGGUAUUUUACAUGAACAAAAUUAUUAUGACAAAUACCAACAAUGCCUGUAAACUAACAGUGAUCUGUUUCACAGGAAGCUGUUCAAGUAGUGAAACAGGGUUAAGUACAUGCAAUUUGUAAAUUUACAGUAUGUAAAAUCUGGAAACCCGAUUAAGCAGCACAGUUCCUGUAAUAGAAUAGGUUACUGUUAUUUUACAAGAAAAUACAACAUAAAAAUUACAGGAAAUCCCUGUACAAUUACAAUAUAUAAAACCAGCAAUAUCAUAAUAAUACGGGGCCAACUGUUAUAUUACGAGAAUAUAUUACAUGAAAAAUACAGAAAGUUUCUGUAAAAUAACAGGUUCUAAACAUGAAUCCGUACAUGUAAUUUUACGUGAGGCUGUAAAAUAACGGGCAUUCGUGGCGUUAUGACUGCCAGGAAACUUCCAGUAAUACAACAGGGUAACUGUUAUUAAACAAAUAUAUAUGAAACUAAAAAUAGGCAUUGUUUGUUAAAUAACAAUAAACAAAGUAUUAAAAUCUGGUAUUUAAACAGGAGAGUUCCUGUGAUAAAAUGGGGUUGCUGUUAAUUUACAAGAAUAUAUGACAUGAAAAUUACAGAAAGUCCCCGUAAAAUUACAGUAUAUAAAACCAGGAACAUGAUAUUUUAGCAGGAAAUCGCGUAAACAAAAUGGGGUUUACUGUAAUUUUACGAGAAUGUAUGACAUGAAAAAAUACAUUAAGUUUCUGUUAAAUAACAGUUUUUUAAACACGAAUCUGUUAUUUUACGUGAGGCUGUAAAAAAACGGGCACUCCUGGCGUCCCGACUGCCAGGAAAUUUCCCGUAAAAAUACGGCAAUAUUUUUUACAGUGUGUGUCUGUGUGUCCAUACUUCAAAGAUCUGUUGUAAAUGAGGUAAUUGCUAAACACGAAAUGACUUAUUUGUAUAAACCUGGCCCUAAAUUGGCUCCAUCAUUGUUUUCUUUUACUAAAAUUAGGGUGAAGACACCAUGGAUCCAAAUGUCUGCAUUCUGACAGAUGGUGAAUCCCCCCUUGACUCAACCCAGUUCAUCAUAACUGUCGAAAAGUGUUCAGUGUGCACAGUUGGCGACAUUAUCACUGCAUGUGCAUGUUACUUGGCAUGCUUCUACGUGUUCCACCUGCAGUACACACCAAAUGUGCAGAAGACUUUGACAUUUUUCCAAGUGCUACUAAUGAACAUCAAGGACAAAUGUCCAGUGGACAAAGUGUGUUGCACCUUAUCUUACGACUGAACAGGGUAACAAAGUAAAUCAUGGAAGACAAUGAGUCCACCAUGGUCAAAACUGCACUAAUUUUGGAAAAUCAAGUAACUAAUUUCCUAGACUCAUGUAGCAGCGAUCACUGCUGUAGCACAGAUCUCUCUCGUUGGCGGCGCUUUUUCGGGUUUACAGCUCUGGGUGACGGAGUUCAGUUCGCGAGAGUGUAAUCUAGACUUUCCAGAACUCUGCUAACCCUCUUCAAUUUUGAGGGAGUUAUGUGUGCUGCUUAUACAGAAAAAUGCUUCCACACCUUCAUUGUGGACUAAGAGGAAAGAUUAGGGGUCGUAAUUUAUUUUUAUUUUUUUUUACUUGUUUGAAAAUGCUGUAUUCCUUGACAUUUUGACUAUGGGUGUAGGAAUGUGUUUUGUCCCAUAAAGGUUGUAAUGGGAUAUUACAUGCUGAUUGUGUCAGAUAUUGUUGGAGAGAUUUAUCAAUGCUUCUUAUUGAUGUAACAUAUUUACUAAAUAUUACAUUGUUCAAAGGUAUUGAUGUGUAGAUGCUGUGUUUCAUGGCAUUAUUAAAACAUAUAUUGGAAGCUUGCAUUUAACAUGGAUAUUCUUGUAAUGUGAUUGUAUGUGCUAAACAGUAUCUCUUAUAGUUUUGGAGAGAUUUAAGUUUCUUGUGCAUUCUGAUGAGUUCUUAAUGAUGUAACCUUUGCAUAAUACAUAUGACAUUGUUCAAAGGAGUUGCUGUGUAGAUGUUGUGUUUCAUGCCAGUAAUACAAUGUCUCACACAUGCUAACUGAAUAGGUUUAUAAAAUAAUAUUGAAUGCUAUGUACAGCACAUUGCAUGAAUGUAUACCGGUGUAUAUAUAGUAUCAAUUGGAGUAAACUAUUGGCCAGAUUUUGAGAAGGUAUUUUGCACUUCCAUUUUUUCAUGCUAAAUAGUUUUCAAGGUUUUUUUUUCUUGUGUUUUCACAGGAAUAUACAGUAUCUGACACAUGACGUUAAAUACCUGCAGUUGCUUUCAGACAUGCGCAUGUUCUAUAACUGUAUAAAGAUACAGUAUUUAAAUGGAUGGUUAUUCUAGCUGCUGAUUUGUUGCCGAAUUCAGAAUAUACAAAAUAUGUUUAUGUAUAUGUAGAAUAAAAAUAAUCACAAAAUGAUUCAGCCAUAAGAUUUAAAUGAUCUGAGCCCAUAUUAUUAAAAAUUCAUUAGCUUGUACAGGAUUUGGAUCUAGUGGAUGAUUACAUGGUGUAGUAUUGAAUUGUGUUUACCCUUACAGGUAUUUAUUUUUAUCAUGAAUUAAGACAUAUGUUACUGAUUUAUUUUGUAUCUGCAGUCGUCUGCAGUCCCACAUGUUCUAUGUAAUAUAUUGUAAGAUACAGCAUGCGAAGUGAAUGUUAUCCUGCUGAGGACUUGUUGCUGAAUACAGAGUCUAACAAAUUUCCAUUGUGCUUUGACAACGCAUGAUGUAAAUUCACAAUAAUCAGGAUUGUUUCAAAAUUAUUCAGCAGAAAUAUAAAAUGAGAUUUUAGCCCAUAUUUGUUACAAUUAAAUUUACAUUUUCUUUGAAUAUGGAUUUAUGAUAAGCAAUUUAUUAGAUUGGCAACAGUUUCAUAUUGGAAAUUGUUAGUUAUUUUAUUUAAAAUUCAUAAAAAUGUUAAUUUUGUGUAAUGCAAUAUCUCAGUUUAAGGAGUACAAUACAUGUAUCAAUGCACACAAUGUAGCAAAUUAGGAUUUUAUGAUUCCUCCUGACACUACAGUAUCAUUGCUGUCUUCAGCAGUUGACUAUGAAGAUGAAAUGUUAAAGAUUUUUUUAAAUUGGGCCUAAUUUGAAUACUUUGCAAAUAACUCUUUAAAAGAGUAAAAUAUUAAAAAUGAUGGUAUUAAUGUAUGCUGCAAUUGGUCUGAUGUCCAGGAUUGCAGUUACAUCAAUCGUACAUUUGCACUGAAAGGUUGUUAAUAGUAUGUUUAAACAUGUUUAAACAUAAUUGUUACAGAUGUUGUCCUCAGUUUGUCAGUUUGUAUUCAACAAUGUUAUUUAAAUUCAUGUAUUUGAAUAUUGACAGUUUUGCUCUGUUUUUAAAUCAGCUCACCUGAUAAUAAAGAAUUUGCUGAUAUUAUUUCUGAUUUCCUGUAUGAAUUGAUUGGUGUGUCAAAUCAUUAUUUUCACUGUGUAAAUCAAAUAACCUUACUGUAACCGUUUGUUUAUGUAACUGUUUGUUUAUGUAUACAUGCACAAUUUUUUUUUUGGGGGGGGUGCAAAUAACUGCAUGACAAAUUGUAUUUCAGGCAUUAAAAAUUUAUUCCUUUGCAUGACAAAGCAAUUUUCAUGCUUGACAAAUUAAUUUGUGUGCAAUACAAAUUAAAUUCUUUGCAUGACAAACGACAAACUGAAAUUUGUCAAAUAAGACCACUUUCCACGACAAAUCAAAAUUUGUCAUGUACUACAUAAAAAUUUGUCAAAUAGACCCCUUUUCACGACAAAUUAAAAUUUGUCAUGAAAAAUUAUUCGACGAGUUAUUAGUUUGUCAAAUAAGACCACCUACGUGACAAAUUUUAAUUUGUCAAUUGACUAAACAAUAAUUUCAGUGUUGAUUCUUGCAAACUGGUAUCAUGAGAAUCAAGGCUGAAGGCAGGAAGCUAUUCAUUAGUUUUGAGCAAAAUUACAGCUCAGAAAUUCAGUCCCUUGUUCUAAAGAUAGUGACAAAUAAUAUUGCGGUGGUAACGCGGUGGUAUAAUCAAUGUUAGAUUCCAACUUACAGAAUACAAGCUUCUGUUUUGAAUUAAAAACAUGGUGCAUUUUUUUAUUUAUUGACAUUUUUUAAUCUGAUUCCAGAAAUUGCCAUACAGAUCCUACCAACCUUCUUCAAGGAAGACCUAGGUGAUAUAUUAAUCUCAAGUGACAAGGUAUGGUAACCGCAUAACCAGUUAGAAGUAAUUUUACAACAUUGACAUGGACUAGAUUAUAAGUUUCAUAAAGCCAAAACCUAAGAAUCAUAUUUUAGCAUUCUUUUGCACUCCGCUCUACAACUUCAGACUGCUGAGCCAACUGGUGGGUUGUGUUUAUCACAAAGUACACUGGAAUUAUGUGAUCAGGUACUUAAGAUUUACAUGCAUGCUAUGUGUGAUAACACAACAUUCCAGUCAGCCCACCAGCAUGCAGUUGCAAAUUACAGCACCAAACAAAGCUGAAUAUAUUCUGAGUGGUGGAAUUUUGUUAGUUUUGCAUUUCAUCAGAGUGAUUUAUUUGCCAAAAAUAUUGUUACAUCUUAUUAAUGUUAUUUGAAUAAUUAUUGAAAGAGAAAUAUUUCAAUCCAAGUAGGGUGAAAAAUAUUGUGCGUUGCUUGGUCGUCAUGCUGCAUGUCGCGCGUUUGCAAGACACGCUGUUAACGGGCUAUUUAGCAUGCAUCAGUCACAUGAUUACGCACCAUAAUCUAAAGAAAUCAAUCUUAUCGUUUUUUAUAAAACUCCGCCCGCCCAUCCAUUGUCCCAUAAUGGAUGGGCCAAGUUUCUAAAAAAACAAACAACAUAUUUCUUGUUGAGAAGCUAAACCACAUGCAUUGAAUAAGAAACCCUUCUUGUUAUUGUUUUUCAUUGACAGGUUGAUACGAAGCCCAUGUACAUACGUGUAUCCGACAAUCAAGAGGAUUCAUACGAGCUUGUUCUGGAGGAGCAAAGAGUCUGUCAAGUCCAGGAUAAAUUGCAUGCAUUGGCUUGUUACGUAGCUGGUUUUUACAUUUUUCAUUUGGGCUAUGAGCCAUCAGUCAUGAAAAUUUGAAUAUAUUGUGAGGUAGCCUCACCAACUGCAUCAGGAUUAUCUCAUAUCAACCUGUACUGGUUCAAGAACUGCCUUGUUUAUUUAUUGCAACAGCUGAAUGCAAAAUUGUUUUUGAAAAUAUGCUUGUAAAAAAAAAGAGAAAAUAGUAUUGUGAACAAGUCAAACAAAAGGACAAUAUUUUAAAACUUGAUUGGCCAUUAGUUUUGGUCUCGACGUAAAUGUUUUUUCUACAAAGUGCAGUAGUUGUACAUACCUGCCAACUAUUCAGAUUUUUGAGCUUUCAAAGUAAAAAUUCUGGAUAGUUCAGAUUUUUGAAAAUCUUCAUGAUGGUUAAUUCAAUCAUAAAGUUCAAAGAUUUUAUAUAUAAAUUAAUUGGAAAAAAUCUCCAUCUUUUCAAUUUGAUGAUUUUAGACUAUCAAUGUUGGCAGUUAUGGACUGGCAUUGUGUAUAGCUAAAACGUUUUGCUCUCUAAAUGUGAAAUGGUAAGUGGGCUCUCACUUUCUUGAGUAAAUCAUGGAAAAAAGUGAGAGCCAACUUUCAAGAAAGGAAUAACAAUUCCAAAAACAGUAAAUACAGUUCCAAAAAGACUGAAACACUAAAAAGGAAUUUUCAUUCUUUAAUGGCUUUGGAUCAGGGAAUUUUCUUUUUUUUUAAGUUGUCCAACAUUUUAUUGUGCUUUUGGAAUGAUUUUCAACUUUUAAUGGAAAGUAUUUUGAUUCGUCAGGUUUGUAAUAAAUCAUCAAAUUUGUUGUUUUUGUUUGACAAAAAUGAAUUGGUUUUGUCAAACAAAAACAACAAAUUUGAUAUUGUUAUUGAAUUUGAUGCAAUUGUUGCAUGGUACUGGUAACUGAAUUUGAUGUCAGGAAGUUAAACAUUGCUGCUCUUAAUGCCAGGGGCAUAUGCAGGUUUUUUUUUUUGGGGGGGGGGGUGGAGAAAUUUUGGAAAUUGGACCUUUGCAAAUAUUUUCCCGAAAUAUACCACAUGUAUUUUUAAUCAUCGACCAAAAACAGCUGAUAAGGGGGGAGGGGCGGCAAUUUGACAACCCAAUUUUUUUCAAACGUAAAAAAGGGCGAUUGGUUAACGCGUACACACAAAAGUAGACCUUUAGCAUUUUGCGAACGCACACCCCGCACCCCCUGCAAUGCAUAUGCCCCAGGUUUAUGCAAAGUAUUUUGACAUUUUUAGUGAGUUUGAUGUAGGCCCUAAUUGUUCUAACUGAAUUUGUUGCAAUUGUUAAAGGUCAAGUCCACCCCAACAAAAUGUUGAUUUGAAUCAAUAGAGAAAAAUCAGACAAGCACAAUGUUGAAAAUUUCAUUAAAAUCGGAUGUAAAAUAAAAAAGUUAUGACAUUUCAAAGUUUUCGCUUAUUUUUAACAAAAUAGUUAUAUGAACGAGCCAGUUACAUCCAAAUUAGAGAGUCGAUGAUGUCACUCACUCACUAUUUCUUUUGUUUUUUAUUGUUUGAAUUAUACAAUAUUUCAAUUUUUACGAAUUUAAGGAUUAGGACCUCCUUGCCUGAACCACAAAAUGUUAAAAUAAUGGAAUUCCACGUAUUCAGGGAGGAAUGAAACUUCAUUUCACAUGACAAUGACGAGAAAAUCUAAAUAUUUCAUAAUUCAUAUAAUAAAAUACAAAAGAAAUAGUGAGUGAGUGAUGUCAUCAGUUCCCUCAUUUGCAUACCGACCGGGAUGUGCGUAUAACUCUUUUGUGAAAUGAAGCGAAACCUUAAAAUGUCAUAACUUUCUUAUUUUACAGUCGAUUUUGAUGAAAUUUUCAGUGUUAUGCUUGUUGAAUUUUUCUCUUUUUAUUCGAAUCAAGUAUUUGUUGGGGUGGACUUGUCCUUUAACCAGUAGUGGUAACUGAAAAGAAUUUGUUGUCAGGAUGAAGAUUGCCUGUUGCUCUUAAGAAUAUAUCGAGGAGUUUUAGCUAAUCUCCUUUGCAGCCUGCGUAACACUCAUACUGUGACAGCAGGAGUCUCAAUCAGACUGCGAAGGAGAUUAGCUAAAACUCCUCUAUAUUUACUUUAAUGCAGAAUAUUUUGACAUUGCUAGAUAAUUUAAUGUAGGCCCUAAUUGUUGUAACUGAAUUUGUUGCAAUUGUUAUACAGUAGUGGUAACUAAUACAAAGAAUCUGUUGUCGGGAUGAAGAUUGUUUGUUGCUCUUAAGGGUAUAUAGGAGUUUUAGUUUAUCUCCUUUGCAGCCUGCUUGACAAUCAUACUGUGACAGCAGGAGUCUCAAUCAGACUGCGAAGGAGAUUAGCUAAAACUUCUCUAUAUCCUUAAUGCAGAAAAUUUUGACAUUGUAGUGAAUUUGAUGUAGGCUAGGUUUGUAACUGAAUUUGUUGCAAUGGUUAUUACUUGUAAUUGAAAAGAAUUUGUUGUCAGGGUGAAGAUUGUUUGUUGCUCUUUGAGGAGUUUUAGCUAAUCUCCUUCGCAGUCUGCUUGACACUCAUACUGUGAUGGCAGAAUUCUCAAUCAGACUGCAAAAAAAAUUAGCAUCCUUAAUGCAGAGUAAUUUGACAUUGCAGUGAAUUUUAGUAAAUAUUUUAUUAAAUGUUACUUGCUGGCAAGUGUUGACUGGAUCUGAUGUGUUUUGAAUUUGUUUCCUCAGGAAUUUCGAGUUUCUAUUAAAACUUACAAAAAUAUUAAUUAUCUGUAUUUGUUUGUUUAUUACAGGUGGGUGUUCUGACUAUUAAAUGACAAAUUAACGUCAAAAUGCAUUACAAAUUGGUGAAUGAAAAAAAAACAAAUUGAAAAAUGCGAAUGAGGAAUUAAAAUGUUGCAAUGACAAACUUUGAAAAAGGUUUGUCAAAUUGGACCACUUUUCAUGACAAAUUGAAAUUCGUCAUGUUAUGGUGCAUAACAAAUCUUUGGCAUGACAAAUUUAUUAAUUUGAUAAAUUA